CAGAGGGAGAUAAUAUAAAACAUACCAUUCCCAGGUACUGUCAAAACUAACAGAGUAUUGAACUUCUUGAGGCUAAUAAUAGCACGAGCUAUAUUAUAUUCAAUUUGCACUAUAUAGAGCUAGGUGUACUCAUAUAGCUCAUACUUUUUUGAAGCAGUUGGUAUACUACUAUAUACAGGAAGAUGACAGAGUUGUUACGACCUACAAGUGCACUACUCAGGGAAGUGCACAUCAACAAUGUGACUCUCUUUGAAGAUCAGGAAUUGGGUGCCGGAGCAUAUGGAAAAGUAUGCAAAGCCAAGUACGGAGAUCUUCCUUGUGCUGCAAAACUACUGCACCCAAUUCUCUUCCGAUACAGUACAACGGGUCCCAAUUCUGCCACAGUUAGGAAAUUCGAGCAAGAAUGUCAACUGCUGAGUAUAGUCAAGCAUCCCUGCAUUGUACAGUACCUAUCCACUUAUAUUCAUCCCGAAUCUGGACAGCCUGUGCUAUUAAUGGAGCUCAUCGAUGAAAGUUUGACACGAUUUCUCGAAGCUUCCAAAAAAUCCAUUUCCCUCCACGUACAGACCAACAUCACACACAACAUUGCUCUAGCCCUCGCCUAUCUGCACUCCAAUGAAAUCAUCCAUCGCGACCUCACUGGGAACAACGUUCUUAUUGUUGCUGGAAAGUAUGCUAAAGUUACUGACUUUGGAAUGCUCAAAAUUGUCGACUCACAAAUGGAGAGCAACCCUGGUCUCAAGCGAAUGACAAUGUGCCCCGGGUGUCCAGCGUACAUGCCACCAGAAGCAUUUAGAAACCCUCCUAAGUACACAAAGAAGUUGGACAUUUUUUCAUUAGGAGUGAUUAUUGUGCAGAUUCUGACGAGGGAGUUUCCGAACCCGAAAGAAAGCGUCAAUCGAGGGGAAGACGAAAUUGAGCGUCGUCGACUACACAUCUCCACGAUACCCCCAAACCACCCCCUCCUCCCACUCGCGCUACCGUGUCUCAGGAACAAAGAUAAAGACCGACCCACUUCGGCAAAUUUUUGUCGAGAAAUUGCAGAGAUCAAAGAAACACCAAAAUAUCUCGAGAGUCUACAGUCUGAGACAGUCUGUCCUUCAGAAGUGGACCGGCUUUCUCAGGAGUUGCAGGCGGCUAAAGAAGAGAUGGAAGGUCUUCGUAAUCAGUUGGAAAAUUUACGAGCCGAGAACAAACAGCUGUAUCGAAUUAUCGAUGGGACAAGAGAUGGAUGUGCUUCGCCACGGAAACCUCACAGUAAUGGGAGCACCCAGAACGGAGCAGCUGUGAUUGCCCGAGAACCGUCAAUUGACGACGAAAGUUCAAAGAGGAUGUCCAUUGACUAUGAAAGUUUCUCUGAUGAAGAACUGGAGUUGGAACUUUCCACUCCUCCCCCUGCUGUUUGGUUCCAUGGCAAGAUUGACCGUGACCUGGCCUCUAAACGGCUACACGCUGUCGGUAGACCUGGAGCCUAUCUGGUCCGCAUCAGUGAGAGUACACCUGGCAGCUUUGUCCUCACCUUCCUCGACAAGGAGAAGAGAGCCUUUAACUACAUGAUCCAUCACAAGAACGGGAAAUACAACGCCUCAGGGCAGAGCCGGAAGUGGUUCCCAUCACUACAGCAGCUCAUCGGCUACUACACCAAGUUCUCCACGGUCAAACAGAACCAGCACUUGGAUGUACCCGUUGCCCCACCUGACGUUGUUCCUCUACCCAACUGAUACAAACAUCAAUGGAAAAUCUAAAUUGAUAAAAACAAUAGACUCAUGAGCUAUACAACAACUUAUACUGUUUAGAAAUAACACAUGUAUGCACACUACUCUAUAAUUACUUUUUUAAAUCAUGUUCUAUGUGGA